AUUAAAAGUUAUUAUAUGGAUUAAUAGUUUAGAAAUACAUGAUGAAAGUGUUGCUGGUUUUCAUUUUAUCAAGUUGUGCUUUGGUGAAUAUUAAAGUUCAGGCAGCAGUUUCAUGGGUUACGGGCAAGGACAUGGAUGGGCAAAGUUAUUGUGAAAACACAUCAGUUGGAACUCAUGUGUAUACAUUAGAGGCAAAUGGCGCGAUUUUAUAUUACAUCGAUAAUAAAGCAAAUGUGCCAUUUGACAUAUGCGGAAGUGGAGGUGGAAACGUGUGUUUGACAGCAGCUCUAAACAGAGAAAGUUCCAGUAAACAUACAGUUGAAGUUUGUGCAAGUGAUAACGUUAAUCCCCCAGUUUGUACAAGCUCUGAUGUCUUCGUUCAAGAUGAGAAUGACAAUCCUCCUCAAUUUUUAAAUUCACCAUAUAUUUACAACGUUUUGGAGGGUAAAACAAAUGGAAACUAUGUUUUCACUUCUAUUGCUGGAGAUGCAGAUGAUGGAAAGUCUGGAAAUGUGGAUUUCUCACUGGAGGGAAAAGAAUCAGACAAAUUUACACUUUCUUCCAAAACUAGUGUUGAGCGAACUUUUCAUGUAGAUGUUUCUCUCAAUAUGGAUUUGGACUUUGAGAUAUCUCAAAUUCAUGUAGUAACCUUAAUAGCAACGGACCAAGGCGACGGAUGUGGAAACACUACAAAACUAAGUUCUACAGCUAAUGUAUAUGUAAAUGUGAUUAAUGGACCUGACCAACCUCCUGUGUUUACUCCAUCAUCAGAAUAUGUUACUAGUAUGCAGGAGGAUAGUACGAAUUUAACUGGUCUCAGCAUAUCCGCAUCAGAUGGUGAUUACGGUUUAGACUGGAACAUAAAAUAUACCUUACAUGGUGGUGACUCGGUUUUCAGCAUUGAUGAAAGCACAGGUGUUAUAAGUGUAAUUGGAAUUGUUGAUCGAGAGUCAGAACAAACAGAAAAUGGAUACUUUUCAUUAAUAGUAACGGCAACCGAAGUGGUACCAUCAACAGCUGCAGCAGAAUUUUCUGGUUUUACCGGCAAUCCGAUGUCAAGUAAUGCCACGGUGACUAUCAAUAUUGUGGAUAUAAAUGAUAACCGGCCAUUAUUUUAUAGUUCAUCAGAUUACAAGACUAAUGUUACUGAAUACAAAUCAAGUGUGCAAGAGAAUUCUGUGAACGCUGUUCCAAAUUUUUCAAUCUAUGUUCAAGACAAAGACCAGGGCAAAAAUGCUGAAUUUGAUCUGAAGUUGGAAGGAAGUGAUGCAAAGUACUUUAGCUUGUCUCCGACAAAGGUGCAAUCACAAGCAAUAGUCACAUUACUUGUUAAUGAUUCUUCAGGUUUGGAUUAUGAAAAGGUGAAGUCGUUGAACUUCGAGAUUGUGGCAACUGAUUCAUCAGGUAUUGAAACAAGAGCUAACAUUAACGUCGAUCUUGAGGAUGUUAAUGACAACUAUCCAGCAUUUGAUUCAAAUAGUUAUGAAGCAUCGAUUGAUGAACAUACACCACCUGGAACAAAUGUCACUACUAUAAAAGCAACUGAUGUAGAUUCAGGGCUAUUUGGUGAAGUUAGUUACAGUUUACUUCAAACAGAUUCAAUUUUUGCAAUUACUGAAGAUGGAACCGUUCAAGUAACAGCCGAUACUAACCGUGAACAGCGCAGUGAAUAUUACUUGACAGUGAGAGCGGUAGAUAAAGGAGGACUUGCAAAUACGACUCAACUCACAAUAACUAUUACAGAUAUUAAUGAUAAUGCACCAACAUUUCAGCAAAACCAAUAUUCUGCUAAUUGGGUUGAAAACGCCAAUGUCAAUGAUGCUACUCCAGUCAGCAUAUAUGCACUUGACUUAGAUGAAGCUGGGACUAAUAAUAGCAAGUUGACUUUAAAGUUUACAGAUGUGGAAUCAGAACUUAACUAUACAAUAACAAAAAUAUCAGCUGAAGGAGGAGGAACAACAUUUGAAGUAAGACCGAGUCAUCCACUUGAUGCAGAAGCCACUAAUGGUACAUGUGCAAAUGGAGUCAUUAAAUCUUUGCUUGGUGUUACUGUGUUUGACAAUGGCAUCCCACAAAGAAAUGACACAGCGGAUAUAGCUAUCUAUUUAGAGGAUGCCAACGAUUUUACACCAGUCUUUGGGAAAACUGAAUAUUCAGGGGAAGUUGCCGAAGCAUCAGGUAUUGGAACAGUAAUAGCAAAUGUAUCUGCUACAGAUGGUGAUAUAUGUGAUCCUAACAAUGACAUUGUGUACACAGUUGAUGAUGCAUUUACUGAUAAAUUUUCAAUAAUCACUAAUAAGGAUGAAUCUUUGGGAACACUGCAGAUCAAAAGUGAUCGUCUUGAUCGAGAUGAUCAAGACAGUUAUGAUGUCAUUGUUAAAGCAAUAGAUAAUGGAAAUCCAAGAAAAACUGGAACAGCAACUGUGAAAGUAACCAUCGCGGAUAUAAACAAUAAAAAUCCUCUUUUUAACUCUUCUAUCAGUAAUGCAACUGCAACAAUCAAUGAAAACGAGGAUGUCAAUACAAUUGUGACAACUCUCACAGCAAAUGAUCUUGACACUGACUCAAAUUUGAUUUAUAAUAUAACUGGAGUUUCUUGUGAAGAUCAAAAUGGCAACAAAGUUUUAUCAACUAAAUGUGAUGAAUGGUUCAAAGUUGUUACUUCUGAUCAGAAAGGGAACAUAGAAGUAUCAUCAAAAUUAGAUCGUGAAUCUGUUGAAAAGGUGACUCUCUCGGUACAAGUUGAAGAUGUAAAUGCAAAUGAAAAUUAUCCUAAACAGACAGAUUCAUGGACUCUAGUAAUCACUAUUCUUGAUUAUAAUGAUAAUCCACCUGAAUUUGUCGAGAUUCCAAAACUCAAUGUUAUUGAAGAAGUGGAAACUGGAACAGUAAUAGAACAGCUCUCUGCAACAGAUAAAGACAAAGGCCAAACAAUCGAAUUUUCAACAUCUAAUGAUUUUGUUGAAGUUACACCUACAGGUCAAUUGAGAGUCAGGGGUAGAAUAGAUCGAGAGGGAAAUCCAGGAAGUUUUUUCACAGCAGUAAUUUUUGCUACUGAUAAUGGUAUACCAAGUUUAACCAGUAAUGAAACUGUGAAUUUCACUGUUAGUGACACAAACGACCAUUCACCAAGUUUCAGUAACCAGACAUACAACUGCUCUAUCAAGGAAAAUUUAAGUGCAGGUGUAGUUGUGUGCAAGAUUGAAGCAACUGAUGAAGAUAUUGGACCUAAUGCUGACAUAUCAUAUUCUAUUCAACCGGUUGACUCGUUCAGUGUAGACAGCAGCAGUGGAAACAUAAGCACAAAAGUGGUUUUCGAUCAGGAAACCCAAAAUGAAUAUCGGUUGACAUUGAAAGCCAGAGACAAUGCUGGAUCCCAAUCAAGAGAAAAUGAAGUUGAUGUUGUUAUUACUAUCAUUGAUGAAGAUGACAAUGAUCCAACUUAUAAAGAUUUUGCCACACAAUUCAUGACUAUUUCCGAAGAAGAAGAACCUGAAGCAUCUGUUGGUGAUAUAAAAAUCUCUUUCGAUGCAGAUACUGAACAAUAUCAGAACAAUUAUUUUUUCUUAGUCUAUAGAAAUGAUACAGAAAAAGGUAUCUUCCGACUAGACAAAGAUACAAGAAAGUUGUAUGCAAUACAAAAACUUGAUCGCGAAACUAGAGGAGAAUUUGAUCUCUAUGUUCUGACGACUGGAAAAUCAGAAAUAACAAAUGAAAGUUAUUUUGCAUAUGAAGAAAAUUCUAUUCUCAAUGUUGUGGUAACUGUACUUGACAAAAAUGAUAAUGCACCCAAGUUUCAAACGGAUAUAUAUUCUGCAGAUUUACAGAAUGAUGUGCAGACCAGUGCAAGCAAUGCUAUUUUGACUGUUUCUGCUACUGAUGCAGAUAUCAGUGAAAAUGCAGUACUUACUUAUUCAAUUGAAUCUCAAACUUACUCGGGAACUGGGGAACAAGUUGAUAAUUUUGUCAUUGAAAAAGUGAAUGAAAAUGCCAAUAUAUAUCUUGUGAAGCCAAUAGAACCUACCAUUGGAGAAUCAUACUCACUGACAAUAAAAGUAGAAGAUGGGGGAUCACCAAGACUUUCUGACACUGCUAAAGUGACUGUAAGAAUAUUUGAUCUUACUGAUGAAUCUGUAGAAGCUCAGAGCAGCUAUUCACCUGAAUAUCUAAAUGACCAUAGAAUUGAAUUGGAACAAGAUCUGGAAAAACGACUUGAGGCCGAUGUUGUGAUUGACAGCAUACUUGCACAUAAUUCAGAAACUGAACCAGAAGCAAGAGCAACUGAUAUCGCUAAAUCUGAUGUCAAAUUUCAUGCAACAUCUUGGAACACUUCAACACUUGUUCCAGCAGAAGAAAUAACAACGGUUUUGACAAAUGAUAACAAUAACGAUAUAUUGAUCAAAUGGUCGAUUGUUUCUAUCAGUAGUGGAAAUGCAAAUACUGUUGAUCCCGCAACAGAAACAGAUUUACUAAAGGCUGUUCUUGUUGUAGCAUGCUGCCUACUUGGCAUUGUACUUGUGGUUUAUACUACAGCAUUCAUUUUGAUGAGGCGAAGUUACAAACGAAAGCUCAAGGUUGAAGAGGCAUCAGCAAAAUCAGCAGCAUCUCACGAAAGGAAUGAUGGAGGUGGAGCUCUCAAUAUUCCAAACACAAAUCAAGCUGCAGCAGGAAAAAGCAAAUUAUUUGAAGAGUAUGAAAAAGGAAAUGUAGAUAUGAAUAUCUGGAGAGAAUCAAAUGAUGAUGACUCAAUUGAUGACAAUGCUGUUGACAGCCAAGACAGUGCCAUUUCUACAGAUCCCCGUGAUCAAGAGGGAUUGGGUCAGGAAUAUGAUGAGUUGAAUGACAUUGAUAUUGACUUUGAUGACUCAAAUGAUGCAGAAAAUCUGGCUGCUGCACUCAAUGCUGCAAAGAGAAAGAAUGGGCAAGAAGAAUUCGAAUUUUCGUUUGAUAAUCCAGCAAUGGAAAACACACCAAUGUAAAUUAAUAUAAUUGCUCCUUUAAAAU